GGAAAGAGAAAAGCGAACUGCACUGCAGGCUGAAGCAUCAAGCUGGUCGCAAAGCUCGUCGGCGUUUCCUUUCGGACUACUAUUGGCAUGAAAUCUUUAAUAACCGUAGUGUACAUUUGUGGUUUAAUUUAUAAAAAUGUUAACGGGGCUUGGUUGGAUUGGGAAGCGGUUUUAUGUCGUAAAAAUCAUUUACGAUAGCAGGUCCGCUAGCUAAUGUUAGCAUUGAGGACGAGAAACAUCAUUGGGGGAUGCUAACCCCAACAAGCCCCCCUUUUCUUUUUUUUGCAAUGACUGAGCUCGUUUUCGUUUGAAAGCCCUUCUGCGAUAUCGUUGCUGGCUGGCUUCUUUAUCAAUCUCCGAACAGCGACGACGGGCAAUUCUAGCUCCAGGAUGAGAAACUGUGAGUACCAGCAAAUCGAUCCGCUGGCGCUGUCUGUGGCACCCGCUUCAGUUCAGAAUCACACCGACAAGAAAACGGAGCGUCUGCGGAGAAAAUGGGAAGUGUUCCCGGGGAAGAACCGAUUUUUUUGUGACGGACGGGUCAUCGUGGCCAGACAGAACGGCGUCCUAUCUCUGACAUUGGGGCUUAUUGUUGUCACAUGUGGCCUUUUCUUUGCAUUCGAUUGUCCAUUCCUCGUGGAGCAUCUGACAGUCUUCAUCCCGGUGAUCGGUGGGGUGCUUUGUGUGUUUGUGGUCCUCUCCUUGCUGAGAACCAGCUUCACAGACCCAGGCAUCCUACCCAGGGCCACUUUAGAUGAAGCUGCAGACAUCGAGAAGCAGAUAGAUACCUCAGGAUCCUCAUCGUAUCGUCCUCCGCCACGGACCAAGGAGAUCCUCAUUAACCAGCAGGUGGUCAAACUCAAGUACUGCUUCACGUGUAAAAUGUUUCGCCCCCCUCGGACCUCACACUGCAGCCUUUGUGACAACUGUGUGGAGAGGUUUGAUCAUCACUGCCCGUGGGUGGGGAACUGUGUGGGCAAACGCAAUUACCGCUUUUUCUACAGUUUCAUCAUCUCCCUAUCUUUUCUGACAUCUUUUAUAUUUGGCUGCGUCAUAGCACACAUUACCUUGCGUUCUCAAUCGGGUAAAAGCCUCAUCCAAGCCAUCCAAGAGAGUCCUGCCAGCGUAGUGGAGCUGGUCAUUUGUUUUUUCUCUAUCUGGUCUAUUUUGGGCCUCUCAGGCUUCCAUACCUACCUAGUAGCCUCCAACCUUACUACAAAUGAAGAUAUUAAAGGGUCCUGGUCAAGUAAAAGGGGCGCCGAGGAGUCUGGGAAUCCGUACACUUAUAACAGCAUCUUCGCCAACUGCUGCGUGACAUUAUGUGGGCCCAUGCCACCGAGCUUGAUUGACAGGCGAGGCUUCCUGUCACCGGAGGAGUCCUCCCCCGCUGCACCUGUCUCAGAGAUCGAGCUGCCUUCCUUCGCAGCCAAGAAUGACACAAACAUGUGCACACAAAGCACCAAAGACGUGCUCGAGAGGAUGCUCCACUCCUCCGCCUUUUACGGUCUCUGCCUUCCUGGCACCCUAAAGACCACCCCUCUGGGCCCGGAGGUUCCAAGUGCCCCGGCAGAGACCGAGACGAAGUGCUCGCGCCGGCCUGAGGCCAGCACCCCGUGCUCUCCCUUCUCCAGGAGCAGCACGAGCGACUCGAUGCACUCCAUCAACCCGGCGUUCCGUUUGGCGUUUCCUUCGCCCUCGCUCGGUCGAGCCGCGCCGGUUCUCGGCGAGCCGCCCGACGUUAGGUUUAUCCCGUAACCUUAAGGGAGCUUUUUUUCUCCACAAGUGCUUCUGUUUUCGACUCCAAGCACAACAAGUGAACGUUUAACACUCCUUUGCACUUUUCACAGUCCAGAAGCCUCAAGCCAUAGAAUCAGGUCAGCCGCAGUGUUUAGUUUCCUGCUCGCAUCUUAUGCAAACCGCUUUCGAAACCUGUGAACAAAUGUCAGUUUGUGGAUGACGGAAGGAGAAAAUAAGCAAUUUGUUUCAGGAAUCGCUCCCUUGACAGGAUUUUUUUUCAUCAGGCGUUACCAACUUUGGCAAAAAGUAAUCGAUUAAAUUUAUGGGUUGUGAUGGACCAAGGACAGGAUAUCACGGUACUAAUAUUAGGCCUGAUUUUAUUUUUUUUAGUCCCAAAGGUCUGCUCACAGCUAGUUUGCUGCCCAGUAUUUGGGAACCCCUGCUUUUGUGUGGACUGCUAAAAAAAAAAAAUCAGAGAGCAAGAUGCAGUUUUUUUUUUAAUCGGUAUGAUUUGUUGUUUUCUCAUCUGUUCUAUAUUUUGUCUGUUUAUGACCAAAAGAUCAUAUUUUUUGAAAGCAUAACUUAUUGCAUUGAAUAUGUAUUAAACUGAAAUCAAAGCAAACCAUACUGCUGGGCCCCAGAGGGAAAUUAAAAAGCCGCGGUUUCCUUCGCCUCGGGGCUUUUUGACGGCAUUUGAAUAGACGCGGCAUUUGUUUGUGGUUAAAGGUGUCGAUGGUUUAUAGGCCAAGUUAUGUUUGGAAUCUAGACAGUAUCGCGUCACGUCGUCAUUUUAAUGUCUUUAUAGUUUCUACUUGUACCGGUUAGCACGUCUGCAUCACAGUUCUGAGGUUUUUCAACCUUGAUUCCGACCUUUCUGCAUGACCUUUAGUUUUGCCUGAUACAUGUUAGCUUCAUUGAAAACUCUAAAUUGUUCAUGGCUGUAUAUGUGAGUGUUAUUGGUUACGUAUUCAAAUGUCACUUUGGAUAGAUUCCAGUUCACCUACAAUCCCAAAUUGGUAGAAAAAUGUGAUCUCUCACAUAACAAGCUUUAGUUUUCGCCACUAGGGGGCGGAAUGUGCACAAGGAUUGUGCAGUCUCCUUAGACAGCAAUCCUUAAGUAAUAAUAUAUAGUACAAGUUGACCAAAAGGCCUUUAUGAAUAUUUUAUUUUAAAUUAUGUAAAUGGGCAUUAAAGCUGCACAUAGGUUUUUGACUU